CGGGAGCCGUUUGCUGGAGACCCGAGGACGGCGAAGCAUGCGCUGAGUGGUCUGCACUCUGUGGGCGGCGGGGAUGGAUACUUCACAAACUUGUGAACCAGGACCCACCCCAAGUAUGGAUAUGGGGAACCAGCAUCCUUCCAUCAGCCGGCUCCAGGAGAUCCAGAAGGAGGUGAAGAGCGUAGAACCGCAAGUCCUGGGCUUCAGUGGCCUGGCCGAGGACAAGAACUACAAGCGGCUGGAGCGAAUCCUCACAAAGCAGCUCUUUGAGAUCGACUCUGUGGAUACUGAGGGCCGAGGGGACAUUCAGCAAGCGAGGAAGAGGGCGGCCCAGGAGACAGAGCGGCUCCUCAAGGAGCUGGAGCAGAAUGCCAGCCACCCGCACCGGCUGGAGAUGGAGAGCAUCUUCCAGGAGGCCCAGGCCCUGGUGAAGGAGGAGAUCGCGCCUUUCUACAGCGGGGGCAGCUGCGUCUCCAGUGAGUUUGAGGAGGGGAUCCAGGAUGUCAUUCUGAGGCUGACCCACGUGAAGACCGGUGGGAAAGUCUCCCUGCGGAAGGCGAGGUACCACACACUGACACGGGUCUGCGCGGUGCAGGAGAUCAUCGAGGACUGCGUGAAGAGGCAGCCAUCCCUGCCGCUCUCCGAGGACACGCACCCUUCCGUGGCCAAGAUCAACGCCGUGAUGUGCGAGGUGAACAAGGCCAGGGGCACCCUGAUCGCACUCCUGAUGGGCGUGAACAGCGAGGAGACGUGCAGGCACUUGUCGUGCGUACUGUCGGGCAUGAUCGCGGACCUGGACGCGCUGGAUGUGUGCGGGCGGUCAGAGAUCCGGAACUACCGCAGGGAGGUGGUGGAGGACAUCAACAAGCUGCUGAAGUGCCUGGACUUGGAGGAGGAGGCGGACACCACGCACGCCUUCGACCUGGGGCAGAACCAUUCCAUUCUAAAGAUCGAAACGGUCCUCCAGAGGAUGAGGGAAAUAAAAACCGAGCUCCUCCAAGCGCCGAACCCCCCCGAGCUGUACCUGAGCUGCAAGACAGAGCUGCAGGGCCUGAUCGGCCAGCUGGACGAGGUGAGCGUGGAGAAAAACCCCUGCAUCCGGGAAGCCCGGAGGAGGGCGGUGAUCGAGGUGCAGACGCUCAUCACUUACAUCGACUUGAAGGAGGCCUUGGAGAAGAGGAAGGUGUUGGUGUGUGAGGAGCACCCGUCCCACAGAGCCGUGUGGGGUGUCCUCGGGCACCUGUCGGAGAUCCAGGGUGAGGUGCUCUCCUUCGACGGCAACCGCACAGACAAGAACUACAUCCGCCUGGAGGAGCUUCUGACCAAGCAGCUGCUGGCCCUGGACGCGGUGGACCCGCAGGGCGAGGAGCGGUGCAAGGCAGCGCGGAAGCAGGCCGUGAAGCUGGCGCAAAACAUCCUCAGCUACCUGGACCUGAAGUCCGACGAGUGGGAGUACUGAGGCCAGGCGCUCGCUCUCACCACUGCUUGCUUGCACUGGGCUACAUACUCUUCUGUGUAUUUCUCCAGAGCUUUCAGGGCCUUGAGCCUAAAUGUGUUUUAUAGACUUGCCUACUUCAACCUCAGUAUUUAUGAUUUCAGCAAAUUAUAUUCAGAAUCUCUGCUGCUUUUGAUGUUGCAAAACACAUGUCAUUACAGCACAUUAGUGUUUCCACUUGGGCCUUUCUCUGUAUGAUGUGGCUGUGGUGUGAGGGUGGGGUUUUAGUAACACACACACCCCCCAAAAAAUGGGGGUGUGGAAUCAGGCAGCUUUUGAUAUUUUUAAGAAGGGUGUACGUGUGAUAGCGCAGGUGUUCCAGAAUCUAGGGAAUGAGAGAGCCUUCCACAACACGGGCCAAAUGAUGAGAAAGGAGGGAAUUGGGGGUGCAGUAGGAGUCGGGUCCUAGGCAAAACAGUGUGGCCAUCUGUUUCAGUGUGGUCGAAAGGAGGCGUGCCAAACCUAUGCCAUCCUUUAAGAAUCCAGGCGUAGCCCCACCCAUGAGUUGGGUGGGGUGUUUGCUUGCUGGAUGGGUUCGAAAGAAAGUCUCUCUCUAAAUGCUUUUGAUUUGAAAAUCCCUGUCUGUAUUUUUCCCACACACACACUCUGCAUUUAGUGGGAGGGGAACGAUCAUAUUUUUACAUGUGUGAUGUAAGAAAAUUAUGAAAACAAAUAGCAAAAAAAAUAAAAAUAAUGAGACUGAAUAGAAGAAGGGAUAAAACACCAACUGGUAAAUAGCUUCAAGUUGUUGCUUUUGUUUGUAAAACCCGACCUGAACAAGUGUUCUUGGUAAUUAGUAAGGGUGGGAGCAUUUAAAGGAAAUAACUGGUCAUUAAAAAUUGUAGUAAAAAUAUGUGAGGAAGCACUUGUACCAAUAGUUGACAGCUGGUCUCUGCAGCCAGUGCCGUAGUCCUGCAGAGGAGCAGGCCGCUUGGCAGGUAGCAGGUAAUGGUGGCGGGUCCUGGUGCUGGGGUUGUGGAAGGCCUGGGCGGGUCCUGCCUUCAGGCGGCAGCAGCCAACAUGCUACAAAGUCAGCUCUCUAUUAGUCUGGGGAACUCAGCUCCCCACUGCGAGCAUCUUCCGAUUCAGACACCUUGGGACUCUAGUAAAAUUUGUUCUGAAUUAAAGGGGCUUUUUUUUGCUUCUA